GACUGGACUGGUUUCAGGGUUUCUUGCUCCAAAACUGAGCAUGCGCAGUCGGCCUUCAGCAGUUUUGUUGUUCAGCCACCUGAUGUCAGAUCAGAACCGAGCCAGAACUCUAAACGUGAAGCUGUGGGAGCUGAAUCGGUCCGAGAGGAGCAGCGGGAGGAAGAAGCGGCAGAUGGUGGACAGAGGAUCCGGGCGGAGCGGCGCGGAGAGGCGGAAGUAGCAGGAGGUGGAGACCUCUCUGCUCGUCAUGGAGACAGCUGGAGACCCAGGAGAUGUCCAGGUCCGGCAGUGCGGGACCUGUGACGGCGCCUCGGCCUCCUGCUGGUGUGUGAACUGCAACGAAGCUCUGUGCGACGCCUGCCUGGCGGCGCACCGCCGGGUCACUUUGACCCGAUCUCACAGAGUUCUGAACCGGCAGCCUGAAGGACCCAGUUUGGUUUUUCCCAUCAAGUUCUGCAGAAUCCACCCGUCUGAGGAGCUGAAGCUGUUCUGCUUCAGCUGCUGCCAGCUCACCUGCAGGGACUGCCAGCUGGCGGACCACCAGAGCCACAGGUUCGACUUUGUCAGCAAAGCGGUGGCAAGUGUGAAGAAGCAGCUGGACGCCUGCAUGCAGCCAUUCAGAGCGCAGAUGGACGCGUCCAGGAAGAGCCUGCAGGACAUGGAGGCCAGGCUGGAGGUUCUGGCCCGCUGCGAGUCCUUCAUGACCUCCAAGCUGCAGAAGCACGUCGACAUGCUGAUAGAGCUGCUGAAGAAAAGGUUUGAUGACAUCACCAGACAGAUCCAGGUCGUCUACAACGUGGAACGUAACCUGAUCAGCAGGAAGAUGGAGACUGUGAAGCAGCUGCAGCAGAGCCAUGUCUCUCUGACUGAAGCAGCAGAAAAGGCCAGAAACACCACCAACCUGCCCACCCUGGUGGGCUGCAUAUCCCAGAUCACCUCCCAGAUGAAGGACCUGGUGGACGAGGACUCCCGUCCUCCUUCCAAGAUGAUCGACGUGAAGGUCACCACCAACAGAAACUCCGUGGAGGGAAUCCUGAAUUUCGGUAAACUCCAGGUCGCCUGGAUCCCCUUCUCCAGUCCACCAUCCUCUUCCACCAUGCGUCCUGCUCCGCCCACCUCCACCUGCCAACCCUUGACCUGCAGCACUGCCACUACCAACAGCGGUUCUGUUGGUGUUGCUGCUCCUCCAGCUGGCUCCACCAGCACCUUCAUCAGAACUGGGUCUGGUACCGCUGCUUCCUCGGCUCCAUCCGUCAGUAUUAGCUGCUCUACUCCUCCACCCUACCCUUCCUCAUCUGGGGACGCCAUGAUGGACUUCAUAGUGAACAAUAAGGCAGUUCUUCCUCUCAAGUCUUCCUCCGUCAGUAAUCUGGACCCAAGCUGUGGUUCCUGGGGACCAGCCCAGAUACCCAGGGUUCCCUCUUCGAACAACUCAUUUCCAGUUCCUGCUUCCACCUCACUUCCUGUUUCUGGCUCGACAUCACUUCCUGUUCUUUCUUCCACCUCACUUCCUGUUCCUGCUUCCACAUCAAUUCCUGUUCCUGCUUCCAUCUCACUUUCUGUUCCUGGCUCGACAUCACUUUCUGUUCCUGGCUCGACAUCACUUUCUGUUUCUGGCUUGACAUCACUUCCUGUUCCUACUUUUACCUCAGUUCCUGUUCAUGCUUCCACCUCACUUCGGUUUCUGCUGCAGCCUCAUUUUCUGUUCAUGCUUUCGCUUCACUUCCUGUUCAUGCUUUUGCCUCACUUCCUGUUCACGCUUUUGCCUCACUUCCUGUUCAUGCUUUCACCUCACUUCCUGUUCAUGCUUUCACCUCACUUCCUGUUUCUGCUUCCACCUUACUUCCUGUUCCUGCUUCCACCUCACUUUCUGUUCCUUUUAUCAGUUCCUGCUUCUGUCUCACUUCCUGUCCAUGCUUCCACCUCACUUCCUGUUUCUGCUUCCACCUCACUUCCUUUUCCUGCUUCCACCUCACUUUCUGUUCCAGAUUUUACCUCAGUUCCUGCUUCUGUCUCACUUCCUGUUUCUGCUUCCACCUCACUUCCUGUUUCUGCUUCCACCUCACUUCCUGUUUCUGCUUCCACCUCACUUCCUGUUCCUGCUUCCACCUCACUUCCUGUUCCUGCUUCCACCUCACUUUCUGUUCCUGCUUUUACCUCAGUUCCUGCUUCUGUCUCACUUCCUGUCCAUGCUUCCACCUCACUUCCUGUUUCUGCUUCCACCUCACUUCCUUUUCCUGCUUCCACCUCACUUUCUGUUCCAGAUUUUACCUCAGUUCCUGCUUCUGUCUCACUUCCUGUUUCUGCUUCCACCUCACUUCCUGUUUCUGCUUCCACCUCACUUUCUGUUUCUGCUUCCACCUCACUUCCUGUUCCUGCUUCCACCUCACUUCCUGUUCCUGCUUCCACCUCACUUUCUGUUCCUGGCUCGACCUCACUUCCUGUGUCUGGCUCGACAUCACUUCCUGUUCUUGCUUCCACCUCACUUCCUGUUCCUGUUUUUACCUCAGUUCCUGCUUCUGUCUCACUUCCUGUUUCUGCUUCCACCUCACUUCCUGUUCCUGCUUUUACCUCAGUUCCUGCUUCCACCUCACUUCCUGUUUCUGCUUCCACCUCACUUCCUGUUUCUGCUUCCACCUCACUUCCUGUUCCUGCUUCCACCUCACUUUCUGUUCCUGGCUCGACAUCACUUCCUGUUCUUGCUUCCACCUCACUUCCUGUUCCUGUUUUUACCUCAGUUCCUGCUUCUGCCUCACUUCCUGUUCAUGCUUCUGCCUCAAGUCCUCCUGUGGCUUCGACUUCACUUCCUGUUCCUGCGCCUGUUAAGUUCAGAGCCGCUCAGGACAUUGAGGCCAGAAACCCGUUCCUCUGGAGCCUCCUCAGUCAGUCGUCCUCUUCGUCUCCGGCCAGUCCGUCUCCGGCCAGUCCGUCUCCGGCCAGUCCGUCUCCGGCCAGUCCGUCUCCUCCUUCCUCAGGUCCGGUUCAUGGUCAGAGUUCAUCCAGUUGCUCCUCUUCCUCGUUGACAUCAGACGUUCAGCUCCAAACAACCACCACCAAAGGUCCUGAAAGGGUGGCAGACCGAUCUGAAGGAGCAAAGCCUCCUGGGAAACGGGACAUGGGGCCCUCCAGAGGUCAGGAUUCUGCGGUCAGGAUCAAUGUUCUGACCAAGUCCCAGCUGGAGUCCAGCUCAGAUAAACUGUUUGUCAAGUUUCAGUGGAUGAAGAAGAAGAACUCUAAGUCUUCCAAGUCCAGCAGCUCUUUGCUACCCAGUUCUCCAAAAAGAAAGAGGUCACUCUCUGGGAAACAGCAGCUUCAGAGGAUUCAGAACCAGCCUGGCAGUCCAGUCGGAAAACUCAACCGCCAGGCUGGAGGCGUGGAGUCUUCGCCCUCCGUUCCUCCGUUCUCAUCCACCAAUCUGGUCUUCCCUAAGGUGGAUUCCACAGCAGCUUCGCCUGCCAACAUUCAGCCGAUGGUACCUGCCACUGCCAUUGGUUCUGGUUCCCCCUCUGCCGUCUCGGCCGGUCCUCAAACUCUUCCAGGGAAUGACCCGUCUGUCUGGUGGAGUCCAGAGCUCCAGAACCUUCCUGAAUCCAACAACCUGCAGCUCCUAGAAUGUCUCAUCUCCGAGGUGGGACGUCCUUCCUCUGCCUUGAAAGACCAGCAGCAGAAUCCUGCUUCAAGGCAGACGGGCAAACGAAAGAAACCAAACAGACUGGAACAAGGUUCUUCAGCUGGAGUUGAUCCACCAUCAGAGUGCAGAUCAUCUGACCCAACCAGGACUGGAGCUUCGGACCAGGACCUCAUUGUGGUGCUGUCAGACGACGAGUCGUUGCCUGACGUGUAUGAGGUUCCACCCAGCGUUGAGGACGUCCAGUCGGUUCUUCCUCCAGUUACUGUUGGAGGUUCAGAUGACGAGAUCAGUAUCGUUGAGCCCAAACCUCCCGGGGACGAGUCCAAAGCGAAAACAUUUACAUUUAUAGAAAGGGACAUCUUUGAUGAACCAGCUUCACCGGCAGCGUCAGAGGACAGGAUGUCCACUGCCUUGUCUGAAGUACCUGAACUGGGACUCAAACUGUCUUCCUCUGAAACAUCUGAUAGUGACGAUGAAGACUUGCAGAGCAUUAGGACUGAACAGCAGGACUACAGUCAGCUCCGCUGGCAGCCCACCGUGUCUCUGCUGAGACUUCCCCUGUCCCUACCCGGACAUGGACGGCUCCUGCCUCGCUACCAUUUCAUCCUUGGAGAGAAGCAGGACGAGCUGUACCUGCAGGAGAUGGAGGAGAACGAUCAGUCCAGCAAUGAGGACAUCUCAGAAAUCAUCACUGACCACGACUCUGAUGUCACCGAAGACUUCACCAUUCUUCACUCUACAGAGUCUCCACUGUCCCUGGAGGUCAUUUCCUGUGCUGCUUGUGGAGCAUCCAGUGCAUCAAAGAUCUGCACCGUCUGCGGUCGGGGGUACCACAGAGACUGCCACGUCCCUCCGUUUGGACCGGACAUCUGGUCAGAGCUGGUCUGCUCGCUCUGUCAGGACCUGUCAGACCUGUCGGACCCCUACAGCUCCGACAGACCCAAGAGUCCACACGGUUCUUCCCUCAGCCUGCAUGACCAGCGGAGAUGUGAGACUCUCCUGCUGCACCUGAAGGUCAAAGGCUGCAGACACUUCUCUCAGUUGGACCUCUGGUCUGACCUCAUGCUCGUAUCGGAGCGUCUGAGCCACCAUCUCUCCCCUCCUUAUCAAACGCCUGCGCAGGUCGUCUCGGACCUCUGGGGUUUGUUCAGCGACGCCUCACAGGACGACGCUCUACUGGAGCUGCAGCAGAGCUUCCAGAAGAGGCUGGUGGAAACGCUGGGAUCCCAACUUCCUCCCUCUCUGCUGGCGGCCCCGCCUCGCCGCGGCGCCCCCUUGCAUCCGGGGGAGAACUUGCUGUCCGAUUCACAAGUGAAGGUUCUGAAGAAGAGACUGAAGGACCUGCUGAAGGGUCCGGCUGCAGCCAAGAGGCCAAAGAACGUAAAUCCUGAAGACCAGAAGCAUCAGAUGUGAAAAAUUGAACUUAUCCAUCAUCUGAUAUUCUGCAAGUUCUGCUUACUGGGCCAGCCCCAGCAACGUUUCUGAGUAACUGGUUUUGAGUGGAACCGAACCGCUCUGGCGAUGCGGGUCGGGUUCUGAGUGCCUUUAGGUUUGCUCUGUUUGCAGAUCAGUUAGUUAUUUAUAUGUGAAACUUCACAGCUUCUCUCAGGGAGUAAACUAUGAAACUAAUAUUCAAACUAACAACUUUAAACCAAAAGUUUGUUUAUUUUUCUGUUCUGAAAUUAUUUUGUACACAUUUAGAUUGAAAGUGUUUUUCAGUAGAAAUGUUUGCUGAUGAAUCAGACUGAGCUGAUUGUGACGAUCCAUUUAUACGGAUCCAGUAAAGUAUUAAAACUGCCUUAAAAAGCCAAAACUUUAGUUGAAGAAUAAAAUAUUUGUUGGUA